AUGCUCAAGGGCUGCGAUCUCUGCGACACUCUGACGGUUACCCAAUCUGUCAUAUUUUGCAACACCUGUCGAAAGGCCGAAUGGCUGGCCGAUAAAAUGCGUAAGAGUAACUUCACCGUUACAGUUAUGCACGGCGACAUGGUGCAAAAAGAACGGGAAGAAAUUAUGAGGAAUUUCUGUAGCAGUGAAAGUCGCGUUCUGAUUACUACUGACCUCCUGGCGAGAGGUAUAGACGUGCAGCAGGUGUCCAUGGUCAUUAACUACGACUUGCCAAAUAAUCGUGUUGCCAUAAAUUUUGUGCAAAACGAAGAUAUUCGCAUCUUGCGAGACAUUAAGCAAUACUACUCCACUCAAAUCGAUGAAACGCCAAUGAACGUGCUGUUCCACACGCUUACCGACUGCGAGUUGAGAGUAACAGCUGGCAUCUUCCCAUUAAACAGUAAAGCGUUGAAUCACAACACCCCAGAGUAUGUAUUGCGACUACAGAAGUUGUGA